AUGAACCAGCCAUCCCCAGAGGGCCUGACUGGCAAGACCACCAAAGGCGAGACGCUGCGCGUGCGCGAGGUGUGGGAUGAUAACCUGGAGGCCGAGCUAGUGAUCAUUCGGUCCAUCCUGGAUGAGUACCCGUACGUGGCGAUGGACACGGAGUUCCCCGGGGUGGUGGCGCGCCCCGUGGGCAACUUCAAGUCCAGCCGCGAGUACCACUACCGCGCCCUCAAGCUCAACGUGGACAUGCUCAAGCUCAUACAGCUGGGCCUGACCUUCACGGACGCGCAGGGCAACCUGCCGGUGUGCAACGGGGAGCACACCGUGUGGCAGUUCAACUUCCGGGGGUUCAGGCUCGCCGAAGACGUGUACGCACAGGACUCCAUCGAGCUGCUGAAGCAGAGCGGCAUCGACUUCUCACAGAUGGAGGCGCGCGGCAUCGACGUGCAGCACUUUGGGGAGCUGCUCAUGUCCAGUGGCAUCGUGCUCAACGACGACAUGAGGUGGAUCACAUUCCACAGUGGCUAUGACUUUGGCUACCUGAUCAAGGUGCUGACGGCGCUGCCGCUGCCCGACACUGAGCCGGAGUUCUUUGAGCUGCUGCGGCUCUACUUCCCCUGCAUCUUCGACAUCAAGGGCAAGGAGGCCCCCUUGAGGUGGUAG